GUAAUAAUAAAAUAAAAUGGAAGAUUUUUACGAUUUAUCACUGGAAAUCGAUGAUGUGAAGCGAGUAACCAAGUUUUUGCACAAAAACGCCGCGAAAUUAGAGGAAAACGAGGAGAUUUUGGAGGUUUUCAGGCGAAACUGCUAUGGAGUCAUCAGAUGCGCGGAAAUUGACCGGAAAAGCGGAAAAAAACAACUUUCAAGCUUCGUUUCAGCUAUUCAAAAGCUAAAAUUUCACGAAAAAGUGGCGAAAAUGGUCUAUAACGUGUUGCUUUCUCUUCCAAUGAUGAUACAAGCGAGAUGGGAGCUUUUGGCUCUGCUCUUGGGCUCUGGACUGAUAAAACAGAUGGAUGAAGUGAUUUUCAAAGAGAUAAUGGCUUGCGCCUCGGAUCAAGAUCUCGCUGCUCGGUGCUCAAGUGUGAUGCUCCAAAUUUCUUCGAAUUCGGAUACUUGUGAUAAAACUGCGGCUAUUAUAUUCAAAGGUCUAACAUCUCCAGUAGCUGCAGUUCGGAGCAAUGUUCAUCGAUCUUGGCUCUGCCGAAUAAUUACUCUUAAAAACUCUCAAAAAUGCGUGGAAACCCUCCUAAAACUCUGCAAAAAAUCGAUAAAAACCACUGGAAAUUGCUCAAAAAUCCUUCCAAUUUCAUUUCGAGAGCUUCCCGGCUUAACGUGUGUUGAUCUACAAUGGCGGGCAAUUUUAGACGAAGAGCCCGGCGAUUUUUCAGCUUUUUGCUAUUUUUCAGUGCUCCUUUCAUUGAAAAAUGCCUCAAGUCAAGUACAUAUUCAAAUCCCGGCAAACGAUGAAUUUGUGCUCGCGGAGCUCCGAAAUUCCGGCUCCUUGGACGUUUUAAAAGUGUGCUCCAAGUAUAAAAUCUACCCGGAACCACUGGAAAAUUGGAUUUUAGAGCAUUUUUCGCCGGAAAUGAUGGAAUAUAUCGAUUUUUCGAUGCUCAAAACCUUUUCCGCAGGCUUUUCACAAGUUUUUGAAGAGAAAAAGCUGGAAAUUUGCCAGGAAAAGCUGGAAAAGUUCUAUCCAGCGGAAGAUUUGGGCCGGCUUAAUGUGCAUGUGGAUUUGAGUAAGGAGAAGCUGGCAAAUGAGACUUUGGAGCAGUUUUUACAGAUUCAGCACGAAUCAGAAGAAUAUCCAUCAGUUGCCGGUGUAAUGGAGAAUCUAUCGAAACAAAAUAUUGAUGAGAGGCUUUUUUGUCAAAAAAUCUGCUUGAUUAAUGAUAUAAUGCACGAAAAAUACAGUAUUCUGAAGGAAAUUCGACGGGAAAUGUAUACGGAAUUCAUUUUUAAAAUUAUUACCAGGAUUCCGUUGAGGUCAGUUGUCGACUACGUCGGAGCAACUCUAAAAACUGAAGCUCUACAGAACCCAGAUUUCAAGAACCAGAUCUACCAAAUGUCAUGUCAACUUCUUCGAUUAGAUAAAGAAAAUGCGAGACCCUUAUCACUAUAUCACUGUUUUAUCGGUACUUGCCAACAACAGGAUACUACAGCCCGAAUUUCAGAGAUUUGGGCCAUCAUUAGAGGCCUGAAAUGUGAUGUUAAGAAGCGAAAAAUGACUGAAAUGCUGGCGAAAGUGGUGACAAGCUCGGAAAUUCAAAUCGAUCCAAGCCUGCUCUCCGACAUGACCAUCUGCUCCCUCGGGCUUCACCCCACCCGUUUCAACACUGAAUCCACUCAACUUUUCGUUGCUUCAAUAUCCAAAUUAUUGGAUUUCCGUAACGAAUCCGAACGGAUUAUGCUCUUCCAGGCCACAGCGAAUACCCCGACGCUGAUGGAUUUGAUUUCCUCAAUCCUGAGCCGCCCAUCCACCGAUUUUUCCAUCUCCGGAUUUCAAAUGAUUCUUUAUUUUUUCACACGAUUUCAUAUUGGAUCAAUGGAAUUUUAUCCAUAUAAUCAUCUUCUCAUUAUCACUAAAAUCAUCAAUUUCUGCCAUUGGAGCAUUCGAAAAUUCGCGAAAGAGCCCAUGAUUCUGAGCAUUUCAGUUGAUGCGAUUUGUGGAUUUUUACCGUGGAGUUAUCUGAGUGAAAUUGCUCUAAAUGGGCUUGAAGUUGAGAAUGAUCCUGUGGAGCAGUUGAUUGCUCAAAAUUUGAAGCACAAUCGAUUUUGUGUGCUGCUCGCGGAGCACGACAAACAGGACACCUACCUGACCAUCGAAGACUUUGAAAAACUCCCGAAAUCUGAAUUUAUCGUUGAGAUUUUACGGAAAAAAGACGCUGGAAAUGAUUCUCUAAACGAUUUGGGUCAGAAAUUGAGAGAAAUCACCGGAAAAUCGAUGAAUUUUGAGGAAAAGCAUGCAAAUUUACUCGCUUGUGGAAUUUUGUUCGAAAAAUCGGUGGAAAUUAUGGAAAAUGCUGAAAAAUCGAAAGAUUUAGGUCAAAAAUGGAAAAAUCAAUAUCCGCCACGUGGAUUUUUGGAUAACCUCAUGGAAUCUUUCGCGGCCACCAAUUCCUGCAUAAAUCCGGAGGAAAUUCAAAAUUGGUGGCUUGAAAAGUGUCUAGGAAUGAUGGAAAUUGUACGGAAGAAGAUUAUCGAUUUUUAUUGAUUUUUUUUUGUUGAAUUUAUACUGUUUGUGUUUUUUAUUGUUAAUUUUUAAUACAAGUAU